GCACGUUGCGGCGUUGAUAAGCAGGGUUGCAUGCGAACGCGAUCUGCAAACACCUCCAGAAAGCCGGGGGUCUCAUGUAAUGAAGCCUUAAUCUAGAAUAUUUAUUAAUUGCACUUGCCGGUUUCAGGAUUAAGCUCUUUCUGCCUGUUGCUGUUGGGACCGAUUUGUCAGCGAGAUGUGGAGACGUGCGCUCAGCCGCCUUCUCAUGUUCAGCGCCGCGUGCAUGCAUGUCACUUCGCAGAGUAAGAUCUUCGGGGAGACGGAGCCUGUGCGCAUGACCUCGGAGGGCUCUGACUGCCGCUGUAAGUGUGUCAUGCGUCCCCUAACGCGAGACGCCUGCAGCCGGCUACGCAGCGGCGGUGCCCGGCCAGAGGACUUCUACUCCGUGGAGACGGUCAGCUCGGGGUCAGACUGCCGGUGUUCCUGCACCGCACCCCCAUCCACACUGAACCCCUGCGAGAACGAGUGGAAGACGGAGAAGCUGAAGAAGCAGGCGCCCGAGCUGCUGAAGCUGCAGUCCAUGGUGGACCUCCUGGAGGGGACGCUCUACAGCUUGGACCUCAUGACGGUUCACUCGUACAUCAGCAAGGUCGUCUCCCAGAUGAACAACCUGGAGGAGACCAUCAGGAUUAACCUGACCCGAGAGAAUGACUUUGUCAGGGAGAGCAUGGUCGCCCUCACUGACCAGAUGAGGCGCUAUGAGAACUACUCGGACAUCAUGAUCGGCAUCAAAAAGGAGAUCAGCAACUUGGGCAACCAAUUGCUGCAAAAGGAUGCAGCAUCUCUGGACAGUAAACUCCAGGAAACCUCUGGCGAAAAAGCCAAGGACGCUUCUAAGUACCCUGGCAAAAAGGCACACGGAUCGAAAGCAGCUCCCAAGGAGAAGCCCACGAAAGCCAGGAAGAGCACAAAGGCGGCGGAUCCCAGCGUGAAGAGCAAGGGCACCAGCCAUCAGCCAGGAGUGAUCAGGGGCGUCACCUACUACAAGGCCGAGGACGCAGAGAGUCGUCUCAGCAACCAAGUAAACGCCAGCAGAAGUCAGGAUGCUGCCGUUAUCAAGGAGGAGGUGCCAGCGAAAAGACCCGGCAAUGGCAUUCCAGAAACCGGAGUGGACACACCUGGCAACGGUAUCCUGGAAACCAGAGUGGUCCCAACAGUCAUGUCCACAACCACAAUCCCUGCCACCAUGGUGUCAGCAGUGUCCACCACCAGUACCAGUACAGCCGGGACGGAGAAGCAAGGCUCAGCCUUAGUGUUGGUGGUGGAAAACUCUGGAAACAGCAGCCAGUCUGUCACAAACCAAGCAGAGAAAGGCCCGGAAUGUGAGGGGACCAUCGCUGCCAUAGAGACGCCAGUGGAACACCACAGCUACGGACGAAAUGAGGGCGCUUGGAUGAGGGACCCGCUUGCUAAAGACUCCAAGAUCUAUGUAACAAACUAUUACUAUGGCAACAACCUGGUGGAGUUCCGAAACCUUGACAGUUUCAAGCAAGGACGAUGGACUAACUUAUAUAAGCUGCCGUACAACUGGAUCGGGACGGGCCACGUGGUCUACAAUGGAGCCUUCUACUACAACAGGGCCUUCACCAAGAACAUCAUUAAGUAUGAGCUGCGGAUGCGCUUUGUGGCUGCCUGGACACUGCUGCAUGACGCCGCCUACGAGGACACCACGGCUUGGAAGUGGCGUGGCCAUUCUGACAUCGACUUCGCCGUGGAUGAGAGCGGCCUGUGGGUUAUCUACCCGGCCUCCGUUGACGACUACAGCCAGCAGGAGGUUGUAGUGAUUAGCAGGAUGGACCCUGGCGACCUCUCUAUGCACCGGGAGACCACUUGGCGCACAGGACUAAAGCACAGGUCCUAUGGUAAUUGCUUCAUUGCCUGCGGUGUGCUGUAUGCCGUCGACACCUACAACCAGCACGAUGCUGAGGUCACCUACGCCUACGACACGCACACCAGUACGGAGGCUUCUCCACGCCUGCCGUUCAUCAACAAGUACUCCUUUGCCACACAGAUUGAUUACAACCCCAAGGAGAGGGUACUGUAUGCCUGGGACAAUGGACACCAGCUCACCUACAACAUUACCUUUGUGGAGCAAUAGCUCCAACCUGGGAUGGUCCCACCUGGGCCGACCCUUCUGCCAUCAGAACCACCCCAUUGCUAAGCACUUUCUUUCCACUGUUUUCCUGAAACUUGUGUUGCUGUAUAUCUGUAACUUCUUGCCUGGUAAAUAUCAGAUGGAACUGCAAAGCUGGAGUCUGUUUUUUUUUAUCAAGGCAGUAAUGAAUUUGUAAGACUUUGAGGUUAGAUCAAAGUCUUACAAAGUUCAGUCUGUGUAAUGAUCUCAACCAAAGGACCUGACAUUACAAUAAGUGUAUCCCAGAAGCAAUAUGGUUUUUAUCAAUGGAUUUUUAGCAUAACAAUUUGAAAUAAACAAACCAGUUGUCUUUUUCAUAGCCUUUUAUAUUACAGAUCUGAGAAGCUAAAGUUAAACGUAGAAAUUGUGAGACUGUAAACGGUGCUCAAAGUGAAAAUUACAAAAAUAUUUAUACUUAGGGAUUUUCAGCCUCAUGAUUUUGUAAAAUACUGCUUUGUAAAUAUGUUCACAUUUUAUAAAAAAUUGCAAUUGUUCAAUGUGUAUUCCGGUGUUUUUUGUAGACCUUUGAUUUUAGAUUAUCAGAAUAUUUCUUACCCCUUAAUGUAAGUAACAGAAAGGUUCCCUUCCUAUGACUAAAGGCAUGACAGAUCCUCCCCGCAUGGGCCAAUGGUAUAACUAUCAUACUUCGUUUCAUGUCUCGUGUGCUUUUACGGUGUUUGUUGUCGUCAUUCAUGUACUUUUAAAAAAAAAAAAUUCUUCAUUUUAUACAACUGACACAAUAAAGCUUGAAAAAGUA